CUUUCCGGCAACUCGACGAAAUUGUGUCUGGAGAACUUGUCGGCGGUUUGAAGAAUAGUAUUUCAUUUAGCUUCUGUUCCAAAACAUUAAAAUUCUACAAUAGGUUUCAUUUUUGGGGACUAGUAUGGAUGUUUCAACAAAUGAGAAGUCAAAAGUUGUGAAGAAGACCAUAACAUGUUACUAAUAUUGGCAACAGUGCAAUAUUAAGAUGCCUAAAUCAAAAACUUCCGCUAUGUAUACUUGUGAUCUUUGUGAUUUCAAAGUUGCAAACAGCUACAUAUUUAAGCGGCACUUGCAUAGAUGUCUUUCAAUACAUGGGAUAGCAUCAAAAAGAUCAUCCCCUCGCAAUCCUAUCCGGUUAAAGGGAACAGAGGGACUGUUAAGUAAAGAAGGUUCUCUUAAUGUGGUUUGUGGAGUUGAUGACUCACCUGAAGAUGUAAACAUAGAACCUGAACUUGGUGAUUUGAAAGAGAAAGAGGAUAGAAGCAUUAAUGAAGAAGAAAGUUUUGAUUCACCAUCAUUAACUGGUGCAUGGGAUAUAUCAGGCAGCCCAAAAGAAUUAAAUGAAAGCAAUGAUAAGAACCUAAUUUCAAGUAUUGAAAAAAGUCCAGAAGGUGAAGCUGUCUUGGAAAACACAUUUGAUUCUGAUGUUAUUAUGCCUGGAGCACCUUACAACAGACAGUACAGCUGCAAUGAAUGCCCUUUUAAAUGUAACAGUGCCAGGGAACACUUGUAUCAUCUACGGGAUGUCCAUGGUGAAAUGACAAAAAUUUACACAUGCAGUUACUGCAACUAUGCCUCUCGAUUUAAUAAUAAAGUUGAACGUCAUAUGGCAGUUCACAAACAAUCUUCUGAUACACACGGUGAAGGAAAAAGCAAUAAACAGGAAGAUAAUUGUUAUCCACAAAAGGAAACGGGAGAAAAUGUGCUGGAAAUAGAUACACCUGAACUGGAUGCUUUUGGGAGACCAAAAUUAAAACCUUUGAGGCUCAAACGAUUAAAUAUCAAAAUGCCAUUUAAGAUUUCUGGUAGCUCAACUAAGAAGAAAUCAAGCUCAAAGUCUACCAAAAAAUAUUUUUCACUGGAUGGAACACCAAGCCCUAAUGUAGCUGCUAAGGAGGUAUACAGAAUGAUAUUAGUUGAAGGUGGAACACAUCAUUACCAGUGUAGAGAUUGCCUGUAUUAUGCAUCGAUUCCAAGUAGUGUAAAAAAACACCAUGUUUUGUGUCACAGUAAAUUGUUGUGUUGUCCACAUUGUGACAUGACAACAAGGAGCCAAGGUAUUUAUUAUGAACACAUAUUUACACAUGAUUGUCAUGGUUAUAUGAAGUGUAAUGAUUGCUCUUAUGUAACCCAUGCCAAGUCUAAUUUUGAGAAACACAGAUCAUUUCACACAGAUGGGUACCCUGUUAAAUGUACAGUGUGCAAUUUUGGUGCUGAAUCAGAGAGUAAAAUAAAAAGACACGUGGCCACACAGCAUACACCUGCCAUUAUUGAAGAGCCUUCAGGAGAAGACAGUUUGGCUUAUGAAGAAGGUGUUGACCAUAGUUAUGAGGGAGUUUCUCAAGAUGAAUCAUAUGACACUAGUAAGGAUAACAGUUCAUUCAUGGAUGACUCUCAGCAGAAUGUUUCUACUAGUGAAGAGAAUUCAAAAAACCAGAAUGAUGGGGAAGAUAAUACAGAAUAUAGGUGUCCCAAGUGUCCAAUGGUGUGCUACAGGCGUGGGAAUUUUACAAGGCAUCUCACAGCCAAACAUAAAUUCAACCAAGCUAACGCUGCUUCCCUCAGCAAGAGCAUGGAGAACCAGAUCAUGAGAGUACUGAAGAAAAAAAGUGGGCCCUUGAUCUCUGCAGCCAAACAGAAGAAGAUUUUUAACCUGGAAGUUCUCAAAUGCUCACACUGCUCUUACAUAGCCAAGUGGCCCAGUGACUUGCGAAGGCACAUGCAGGUUCACACAAUCGUGAAGCGUUUUAAAUGCACCAUGUGUUCCAGCAAGUACAAGUAUCUUGGUGAUCUAAAUGUUCACAUGCGCAGAGAUCACAACAUGGAGCCCCCAGAAAACCUUAUCAGAGAAAUGACUUCUUUGAAUGUGAUAAAGAAAGCUUCGCCUAUAGUUUUUAGAUGUCCUAUUUGUCCGUUUACAACUCAUUCGAAAGCUGAAUUGGAGCAACACUCUCGCAUCCAUGGGGAUAUUGACAAGACAUACCAGUGCCGAUUAUGUGACUACCAAACAUACUGGCGGGGUGAUGUUGGCAGACACUUGUUCCGCCAUCACAAAAUUGUCUUGAGUAAAGAUGCACUUGAAAUAGGUGAAUACUUAAUUCACCGCCCAGACAUAAAGCCACUGACUAAACAAACAGGCAGUGGGAGCUCUCGACACCGAAGCCUUUCUCCCUCUCCUUCACCUUCUAAGAUUGCCAACACUCCAGACAAGCAGGAUAGUCCAGAUACCUGGAGAGAAAGUACACCAGACAGUGUUCAGAGCUCGACCAGUAACAGUAAGAAAAGCACAGGCUCAGUCACAUUGAAAGACGGGACGUUUGUGUGUGAGUACCCAAACUGUGAGUUCAAGACAACCACGUCGGAGAGAAUGGAGGCGCAUAUGGCAGUUCAUCUUAACCUUAAGCAGUAUGUGUGUCCUACGUGCGGUAAGAGAACCAAUUGGAAGUGGGAUAUUGUUAAACAUUUGAACAAAGUUCACAUGAACCCAGCGGCCGGGGUGGAGGAUGUCAUUACUUUAACUGUGGAUGAAGCCAGAGCCACCAUUCAAGAGUAUCUCUCCAAACACGACAGGAAGAACAAAGAACUAGCUGUCAAUUUUUGUUCUUUGUGUGAGUUCAAGUCUCUGGAGAAGAAUAGAGUUAUCAGGCACAUGGCCAUGGUUCACAAGAAUGAAAAUGGCAGAGUUAUUGGGCAAGUUAUGUUGGACUCACCUGAGGUCCAGGAUAGCCUUGCACAAAGUCGAGAAAGUGAAAAACUGUCAGGGGAUCUGUCUGUGAACUGUGACAGUGGAUCUGAACAGAUGCCGUUGGCUAAAUUUGUUGAUCCUUCACCUGACGAGCUGGCUAAGAUUGAUAAGCCCUAUGCCUGCGCCAUCUGUGGGAAGUCUGGAUCUAACAAAGGAGAUGUCAAGAAACAUUACAACUACACUCAUCCGUAUAAAGAUGUUAGGGUUGUUUAUGUUGGUGAUGGUACGGAGUUUAACUAUUACACAGGUGAAAUAUACCCAUGCUCUUCUAGGCCUGACCUUCAAGCUGAAUCUCCAGAACUGAAAGGGGGCUUCCCUGUUGCAGUAUCUCCAACUGGGAAACUGCAUAGGCCAGAUUCAAAGUUCAGCAACCCCAAAAUGCAUGGCUAUGUCAAGCCUUUCAAGUGUUCUAUCUGUGGUCUUAGAUCCAACUGGAAAUGGGACCUGAAGAAACACUUGCGAUCCAAACAUCCCAAUGAAGGUGGCUUUGUUAUUAUGUUGUCAAUAGAGGAAGCCUCCCAAACCUAUGGUAAAGAUUGUUCUCCAAGUCACCCAAAGAAUGAAGAUUUUCUCUCAAUUCCUAAAACUACUGUUGGUCCAGUUAAGCCUCCAUCAAAUUCAUCAUCAAACUCGAUGGACCAAUUUAUAUUUAAACAACCUCCCAACAUCAAGGCUGAAAUUCUAGCAGACUCAAAUGAUGAAGAUAGUCAAGACAUGGAUUCUAAUAAAUCUUCAUUCUUUCCUCAGUCCCCAUCAUCUCUUUCACAAAAAAAUAAAGACGACAAAGAAAAAAGGUCUGCUAUUGAUCCUACCAGAAGGCAGUGGAAAUGUUCUGGCUGUAAUUACAUCACAAACUGGCGCAGGAAUAUGGCCAGGCAUAUACACCGCAAACAUCCAUUAGAAGAAGGCAAAAUUAAAGUCCUGCCGCUGCACAAAAGCGCAUCAGCUAAAACUCUUGUUAAAUCCACUGAUAAAUCUGUUGAUGGGAGUGAGAAUGAUAUGGACGACAGCAGUUUUGAUGGUUCAGAUUUAUUGGAAAAAGAAGCUGCAGAUAGAAGAUCAGAACCAAGGGACUGGAAGCUUUGGCGCUGCUCUCUCUGUCCUUAUAAAUCAAAACUAAGGACUCACAUAAUUGGACACAUGCAGCUGCAUGGUCAAAAACCAUUCCUGUGUGGCGUUUGUGAAAUGCCUUUCAUGAACAGAGGACCAUUACAUCGACAUCUACAGAAAGUUCAUAAACGAGCAGAUUACCUGAAGAUGACUAAACUGAACAUAUUUCUAAAUAAGCCUGCAGAGAAAACUGAAGGGCACUAUAUAGAUUCUUACUUCUGCACAAUUUGCCAAACUGAAUCUGAAUGUAAAGAUGAAAUUAUCAAACAUUUGCAAAAAGCUCAUGAUACAUCUGAUAUGGAUAAUGUCUUGAAAAUACAGAAAUAUGUUAAUGCUACAUCUUCACCACCAAAGUUUGAUAAUGUAAAAACCAACAGAAAGUCACAUUUCUGUAAAGUAUGCCCAUAUCGUACACAAAAGAAAUCAAUGUUAGCUUUCCAUAUGACUUACCACAAACCCAACCCUGCCAACAGGUUUAAGUGCAAGCAUUGCCCAUACUACGUCAGCACCCUGAGGCUGCUACACCAACACCAGAGAAAGUGGCACAAAGAUCCUUGUAAUAAAAUUACCAGGGAUCAACUUGAGCCCACCUCCCCGCCAGCUUCACCACAUAAACCUCAUAUGGGCCAUACACAUAUAUCUCCUACUCCAAGAAGACAUUAUUGUGAGAAAUGUCCAUACACUACCAACAGCAAAAAUGAUUUUAUUUACCAUAAGCAGUUUCACCGUCCUAAGAGAACUGCAGAGUACAAAUGUGAAUACUGUGACUAUUGGGUCGUUCACAAAAGGCUACUUAAACAGCACAUGCGCUUACAUACCAUUGGUUAUUCUCACAGUCCAGCAUCUCUAUCUAUUGAUGGCUCCCCAACUAAAUCUAUUUAUUCUGACCCAGGUUUAGUAUAUGAUCCAGUUGAGCUCACAGAAUUAGCACUCAUCAAACAGAAGAUGAUAGCAGCCAAAAUCACUGCAAGUUUAGCAAAAAGUCCAAGUGUCAGCCCCAUGAAAAUUGAAACAGUUGAAGAUAAACCUGGCUAUGUUAAUAAAAAUGGGCUGUAUCGCAAGCUGCAUCGGUGCAGAUUCUGCCCAUACACCAAUACUAGAUCACGCAAUAUGCAGCUCCAUGAGAUGAUGCAUGGGCCUAGAGACAGCAUUCAUUCCUUGACUAAGUGCCCAUAUUGUGAUUAUCAUGUAGGAUCUAAAGGACUUUUGUCCCAUCACAUAAAGGUUCACCAGAAUAACAAUGGUGAAGCCCCUGAGAAUGAUAACGGAGGUGAAAUGGAGGAUGAUUCUGAUCAAGAUAGUAUACAACAGCAAAAAGUAGAUACACUGCUACAAAUCUCAAGAUUUAAACGUUUUGGUUGUGAGAGAUGUCCGUAUGCAAGUGCUAAGCGGCAACACUUUGAAAGGCAUCUAGAGCUCCAUGGAUCCAGGCAGCGUUACACUUGUCAGUACUGUGAUUAUAGUGUGCCUUCUAGCAAUCUUCUUCUACAGCAUACAAAACUCCACAUGAUGCCCAACCAGAACUUGUUGGCCUCUCAGUCUAUCACCAACCUGCAGCACCUCAGUGAAGUGCCUGCUGAUGUGGCCUUAGCUUCAGCUCUACCACCCACUGAUACUGAUGCAACAGUUACCAUUAGUGUCAUACAUGAUCAUCUGGGACUUUAUGAAAACAGCAUAUAUGACACAGAGCCUAAGAAGUUAUAUCGGUGUGACCGAUGUCCUUAUGCAAAUGUUAGGAGAGAUUACCUACUUUCUCAUCUAAAAUUUCACAUGGUCCCAAGUGCCUUAGUCUGUCCAUAUUGUGAUUACAGUGCACCGAAGCAGCCACUUUUGAGCCAACAUAUUAGGGUACACUUCUGUCCACUACCUGAGCUAUCAGACUGGUUACUAGAGAAUGGGCAGACAGAGAGAGAAACUAGCCAGAGACACAUUGACCUUGCUGAAGCUCUCAAAGUUGCUCAUGAGUACCAGAACCAAUCAAAAAAGAGAGGGAAGGCUGCUGGAACAAGCAUUGAGAAAGAUGCUAGUAAAGAUGGCAAAUCAGAAGGAAAAGAAAAUAUCCAGCAGGUUUCAUCCAAUGGUAGUGGCUCAUCUUUAACAUUCAUCUGUCAGUACUGUGAUAGGGAAUUUCUUGCUUCUGAAAAGCUGGUGAAACAUGAACUCCAGCAUCUGAUAGGAAAUCAUUUUGAAAGAGAAGCUUAUAUAUGCAGAAAUAUUCUAAUGGUUGACCAGGCCACAGUCCAGGUGUUGUCAGCCCAGCAAGCUCAGCAGCAACAGUUAAUUCAAUCUGUUGAGUCCAGCAGUGCUGACCCCUCUCAGGAGAAACCUGAGGGUAGAGUUGUCAUCAAGGGGAAAAACAGAGCUCAUGGUUCUAAAGGCAAAAAAUCCAGAGCAAAGUUCCAGGGGAAGGUUUUAAAAAAUAGUGUUGAGUGUAAGGAUACUCUGCCUGAGAAGCAAGAAGUAAAGACUGGUGAAGUACUUGAGCCUUCUCCAAAUGUGGCUGAAAGUAAGGAAGGUUGCAGCAAGCAAGAAACAUGUGGUCAGAUGGGUGAUGUGGAUAUCAAAUCUACAGAGGAGAAGCAAGCUGGUGUAGGAGGCAACACUAUUGUGUCUAGCUCACAUUCAGACAUUGAGAAAACUGCAGGUGUAAAGGCACCUGACACUGAAGAUGUGCUAAAGAUUCAUAAGGUAUUGGAUGUACAUGAGCCUAAGGAAAACAUGGACGAAUGUAAUCCAUCAAAUACAAGUAAUAACUCCACUGGUAAGAAAAAGCUAUAUGACGACGGGGAUAAAGAAAUUGUUGAUACAUGUUUAGAUAAGAACAAAACAUUUGGGUCUUUGGAUAAUAAAGAUGAGUUUGAUGAGGUUAGUUUGUUGGAAAGUGAUCCCGAAGUAAAGGAAACUAAAGCAGGUGAUGUGGAAAUGAUGGCAGAGGAAAAGGCUAAACUUCUUAAAACUGAUGAUGAUGACGACGAUGAGACAGAAAUAGAGAGUCCUGUAAUGGAAACUACUGUUGCAGAAUAGUUCCACAACUUGCUUUUAAAUUGGCUGUAAAAAUGCUGUGAAAGAAACCUGUAUAUAGUAAUCGUAUUAGUAAAACAAAUUAGGCAAAUUGUAAAGAAAAUAUAUAAAUCUUCUUAUGUAUACUUAUUUGUUUCCCGGCAUGAUUGUUCCUUAAAAGAGUUGCUUUGUAUAUAGCAUUGGUUUGUCUUUUGUAUGUUUAUUCUUUUCUUCUUAUUUAUUACUAUUCUAUACAUUUGUUUUUAUUCAGACAUGGCAACUAUAAUGAUUUGUUGUUGCAUAAUAUUUUACAAUUUUAUUAAAUAAAAUGGAAAUAUUAGCAGAAUCUUUUGAAACAGUUCCUAGGUUUUGUUAGGGGGUUUUGUUUGAGAAUCCUAUCAUGUAUAAUCUUUGAUUAUGUUUCUAUCAUUUUGUCUACUUUUAAAUCAAGGAUACUUAGCUAAGCAUACUUAUGCUAACAUUGGAAUGCUCAAACAGAAACCACUGAACCUUUAGGAUUAUUUGUUAUCAGAAAAAUUGUUUUACUGAUGCUUUUUUAACCAUAGAGUAAAUAUAUUUUUUUAAAAUUGAUUAUGUUGCCAUUAGUUCUAUUUUUUUUUGGCCUGCUUUUAUCCUCUUUUUUUUUUUUUUGAUUAAUUAUUGUAGUUGCAUUAGAAUUAAAAAUAUGUGUCAACUAUGGAUUUAGAUAGGAUAAAAAUUUAGCAAAGUAUGCCUAAACACUCAACAAUUUUCUACUUUCAUUUUAAAAACAUUUUUU